UCCCAAUACGUUCCGUGUAUACGAUGCGGAUGAUCAGUAGGCUUUACGGUAGGUGAUUUGAUUAACGUUCGGUUUCUAUACGUACGUAUACAGACUUGUAGCGCUCCAUGUACUCCAUAUGUACGCCUACACCCUACAGUUAGAAGCGGCUAGGGCCUAGCGCUCCCGAUCAAAAUAAUCUCCCCUGUUCCACCGACCAAUCGCCCGCGCCGCGCCGCUGCCUAGCGCGAUCCACUCCGUCGCUGGCGCGCGGCGGCGGCGGCCCAAGAACAGGCAGACCAAGGCGCGCAUGAUGCUGCACAUGACCCUCCCCUGCGCAUCCUGCGGCGAGUACCUCGGCCGGGGCACCAAGUUCAACGCCCGCAAGGAGGACGCCGCCGGCGAGCGCUACCUGGGCGGCAUCCAGGUCUUCUGGUUCUACAUCAGGUGCCCCCGCUGCUCCGCCGAGAUCGCCUCCAAAACGGACCCCAGGAACUCGGACUACGCGGUCGAGUCCGGCGCGGCGCCUCGGGCGACGACGGUGCCGCCGCGCGGGAGGGCUUCGGGGAGGCCAUGGCGGCGCUGGAGGCCCGGGCGCAUGCCCGCAGGCGCGAGAUGGACGCGGACGCGGCGCUGGAGGAGGCGCGCUCGCUUAGCGCCCGUCGCGCCAGGGUCGCGCUCGAGUCCCUGCACAACCGCUGCCGGGCCGCCGAUGGCCGCGAGGUGCUGCGAGAGCUGGAGCAGGAAGCUGACGAGGACCGUGGAUGCCGAACACCGGCGGUGCACAAUUUAUUUAUACUUCAACACUCCUGCUCUCUCAAAUAUAGAAAUUAGGACUCGGAGGUAAUUAUUUUAUUUAAUC